AUGGGCCUUCUCAAUCUCCCGCCGGAGCUUUUCGCCAAGGUGAUCCGCCUCUGCGUCGACAAGGACAACGUCCGUGAAGUGUCAAAGCAGCGCUUAACUUGCAAGACCAUCAAGUAUUACCUUGACCACGAGCUCUUUUCGAAAAUGCCGGUCCGUGCCUUCACCCGCUCAGGAAGUAAUAGCGCCCGUACUCUCCUCAAGAACAAGCUUGCGCACCACCUCGUCCAUCGAGUGGUGAACAUGGACAAACUCCGCGGCGCACACAGCUUCCUACCAAUCUUCAUCAAGGACUGUCUGGAACUACUCCGCUUCAUGAAAGUCCUGAAGCAAGGAGAUGAUGAGUAUGUCUAUGCGCUUAUGCUGGCGAACCAGCUAGCCGUCGUGUGCUCGAUUGCGUACACACUGGCGACGUCCAACCCAUCGAGCCCCUUCCGACAAGGUUUGCUCUCAAGGUUCGACUUCGCAUCUGGUAACCAGGCCGUAGAGCAGAUGGCAAUGGCUGCGGUGGUCGGUUGUCUUGAAGUUGUUCAAAGUCUGAAACAAAUCUACGGCACGGAGCUACUGUGGGACCGCUCCUACCCUUUCGGACAUCCGCUCGCUGCCGCCGCGGGCGGUAACCACAAAGAGGUCGUCGAUGCCAUCGUGGCAGACUUGGAGUACAACUACCGCCCAGACCUGAGCCCCGCGUACAGGGCGGCGUUCAUAUCCGCUAUCGAUGUUUCGUUGGCCCGACAACACUGUGACAUGUCGUUGUUCUUGAUCGACUUGUACCAUCAUCAUUUCCCUGGCGCUUUCAAACACUCGCUCCGUAGGUGGCUUGUAAAGGCGGCCGUGUAUCCAGACGACCGUGUCUACUUACGUCUGACCUCUCUUGCCGAGGAUGGCGAUGUUCGGAGACACAUGGCGCCUUUCGAGAUGGCCUGUAGAUACGGUUACAUGCCCUACAUCCUCCGCUUCUUCGACCAUGGUAUCCUCCAGCUGAACGAAUACUUUUACAUUUACGAAGGCUUAGUCCUCGUGCGUGUGGACACUCCUCUAUCCUUGGCAAUUGGCGUGGGCAACUGGCAUCCGCAAUAUUACCUUACUAAGACUUCUCUCACCUUGGCUUCUUCUCUCACCUUGGCUUCUUCUCUCACCUUGGCUUCUUCUCUCACCUUGGCUUCUUCUCUCACCUUGCCUUUGUUGCUAGCAACGGUCACUGCGGCAAGUUUACCCCACUAUAUAACAAGAGCUGCUCUGUCAACCUCUGGUCCUCUUCACUUCUGCCCCAACAUCACAUUCUGGUCAACGACAACAAAGAUGGAGCUGCUUGAUCUACCAACAGAGGUCUUCGAGCGCAUCAUACGCAGUUUAGUUAAAAAUCACGGCGUUGCAGAAGCUUGGAAGGCUCGAGGAACAAGCAAAGCUUUUCAAACCUACAUCACCUACGAUAUCCUUGCUGCCCCGUCUCUCUUCGAUUACAAAAAGACUCGUGCCGGAACCCAGAUCCUCAAGCACAAGCUCGCCGACUUCCUCUACACGCGCAGCAUCAAUCUGAAUGGCUUUGUGCACGCCCUUGUGCCCAACUUCAUCAACCGUAUCAUGUACAUAUCGGAGUCGUGGAUUACUGGCGAUCAGGCAAUCUCAACACUACGAAGGGUCAUAUGCGAACUCUUUGUCCGUAAUUGCGACGGUGCGCUGAGCUUCGUUUUGACCGGUACGAACAAGCCGAGCAUCCAAGAUAAACAGGAAACCAUGGCGAGUAGCGGAGCUAAUUUGAUCGCUACCGCUGCUGCUAUAGGUGAUCUUUAUAUCUUGAGAAUCAAGGCCGCAGAGGACAAAGACUUACUAUGGGCCAAGUCGCCAGCCUUUGGAUUUCCGCUGGAUGUAGCCGUUUAUGCAGGGCACUUUGGUGUGGCUAAAGCGAUCGCGCAACAAGCCGUCACCAACCGGAACAAGGACGUCGUCGAUAACUAUCGAGGUUACAAUCUUCGAUCUGAACAUCGCUCAUUUCGUCAGGCGAUCUGCACCUGUAUCGAGCUGCAGCAUCGCGGUAUGACUCACUACUUACUCGAGAAGUACGUGGAAGCCUUUGGUUCCCCGACAGAGACUUGCAUGGCAGUCUGGCUUAAUACCGCUGUUACAUGUGGUCACGAAGACAUACUUCGACUCCUGCUUUAUCUUCCAACGGAAGUAGGCAUAUCCACGUUCUACAGGGCCUUCGAAGCAGCCUGUCACCUCUCGAAAGUCUCCCUUCUCUACCUGUUCUUCCGACCCUCCCCGAAUGUACCAGGGCGUUUAGCAAUCAACCGAAUCUACUCAUGGCGCGACAAGAACUACGCAUCUGAAUACCCUCUCAAUACCGCGAUGAUGGUUGCAGAGCAACGCCAUAUGAGAGGCAUCAUCGUAAAGCUCCUGGAACUCGGCGCAGAUCCGAAUGGACCAAAGUAUCGUUCUCAUUCGGGACGACCGCUUCGUCUGGCAUUCGAUUUCGAUAAGUGUGUCUCGGGUAUCCUGCCGUUACUAGAUGCAGGUGCCAAUCCGCACUUGAUUGAUGAUGACUGGUGGAUUGAAUUACAGUGGAAGAGGUUUGCGGAGACAUCAGUUAUAGGGAAGGCGUUAAGAAAAGCGCUAAAGUGUCAUGCGAAGCCAAAGCCUGCAAAGGAGGUGGAAGGAUUUCUUGCUGAGGUGGAUGAGAAGAUCAAGGAAGAUACGGUCGCGGUGAAGGACGUGAACUUGGUGCCGGCGUCUUCUGGUUGCACGCAGUCAUAG